UAUUUUAAGCGAGCUACCAGCCCAGAAUAAGAUUUCGCCGUGCCUUACGGAGUUGCUGCAGCCCUUGUCUUGUGUCGCCAUCCCGGCCCUGCGCCCGCCUGCCUGUCCGUACUGGGCUUCCGUACCUGGCUCCUCCUUCCCUGCCGCCGCUACUGCCUUCCCUGCCAUCCAUCCUGCCUGCUUGCAUUGCCGCAUUGCUGCAUUGCUUGCUGCAUACGCCUCUCAUUCUUUCAUUUCCUUAUCGAUCGACCUCUUUCCCUCACUCCCGUCGACAUCUUUUUUCCCCCCCGACAACCAAACUUUUUUUUGUGUCGACGCCCAGCCCACCGUCAACCCGCCCGCUGCCCGCCAAUCGCAGUCUUGAACCCCAAGACACAAGCGAGAGUCCACGCCCAGCCCAGCCAGCCAGCCAGCCGUCCACCCGUCCACCCCGUCUCCAAUGCGAAUGCUCUUGGGCUGAGCGCGAGAGACUAGAGCAGAGAACCCAUGGUCGCGACCGUCACGCCUGCCGCCUCUGCCCAACGGCCCCGGCUGUGUACCUCACCUGUCGCCUUUGACGCCCCUGAAAUUACUCCCGGCCUCGAGAGCCCGGCUGCUCCCCACCACCACUUUCCGUGCUCAACGCCGACGCCAGCGGCUCUCGCCCGCCCACCAACCCCGACGACUCUCGCCGCGCUCGCAUAGCCCGUUGCCAAAUAGUGCGCGACAGCCGCCCUGCACUGAUCGUCACGCUGGCUCGCAGCCAUGUCGCUCAACGGCCUGGACGCUGCCGCCGUCAAGGAAGCCUACGAUGCCGCCGUCGCAGAGCCCGGAGGAUGGUUCCUGCUCAAGUACACCAGCCGCGAUGAGGUCGACGUCUUGGCCAAAGGCAACGGUGGUACCGUGGACAUGCGCAACAACAUCGCCAAGUAUGACGAGACGUCGCCGUUGUUUGGUCUCCUACGAUACCGUCGCAGGAAUGUGAUCAUCAAAUACCUGCCCGAGGGCUGCUCCCGAUUGAUCCAAGCACGACUCGCCGUCCACUUUAAUGCGGUGUGCGAGCGCUUCGCCCCGUAUGACACCACCUUCGACAUCGCCGAGGCCAAGGAACUCAAGGACACCAAGCUGUCUGCGGCAUGCUCCCUGCACACGGCAUCCGAGUCCACGUCGUCUUCCACAAGCUCGCUGCGCCGGAGGAGGUUGAUGGAAAUUGCUGAAGAAGAGGAAGGAGAGCAAAGAACAGCCAAGAGACAGUCCACGGUAGAGGAGGAGGACGACCACCUGUCGGAUAUCGACCCGACCGAAUCACGGCCGCGCUCGCCCAUCACUGGCCCACCCGUCACCCUCGACCCGCAGCUCGCAUCCUCGCCAGAGGCAUCACAGUUCGCUGGCAGCACAGAGCCUCCCUCGUUUAUUGGCGCGCCGAGGCCGGCCUCCCCGGCCAAGUCCUUCGAGACGGACACUGGCCGGCGCAUGUCAUCACAGUCCUCACGGCAGGAUUACUACAGCUCUCCGUCUUAUUACAAUAAGCCAAGGGUGAAGCUUGGGCCCCGGCCAUCGAUCGAUCCGGCUGGAAAGGGUAGCUCAGCCUCCGUACGCCCCGUGGCGUCCAUGCCCGCGAGCCUCAAAUUGUCUUUUAAGGGAGGCAAGAGGACCAAGACGCAGGACGACUCCUCAUCCGUCAUCAGCGAGGAGCCUGGGGAUAACGCCUUCCUCGCCCCGACGGUACCCAUCCCCGAGGACAAUCCGCUUCUCCAGGCCUUGCGGCCGCGCUCCAGCGCCGGACGGCCGUCCACCAGCUCUGGUGUGUCGGUCAAGUCACUGCCGUCGAUAUCAGCGCCUACCAAGAAUACGAUGACCCCCGAGAAAUUGCGUCUUAUGAAGGCUAUGCAGUUACGAGAAAAGAAAAAGAAGAUGGCAGAGGCGCAACCACCCCCAGUGCCUUCGGUCCAGGUGACAGCAGAUCCUGAGGAGCCUGAGACCGCAGUUGAAGAGCCCAGGGCCGGAGACGAGACCCAGGCUCCUGCAGAAAAUGAGCAGGCCGCGGAUCACCUCUCCCUCACCAAGGUCGAGUCCGAGACCGACAACGCCUCUACCAUUCCGACCGACCAUGCCUCAGUGCGCACGCAGACAGAUUCUCGGCCACCUUCGCCAAUAUGCGCAUCCUCGGAAGUCGGCGACUCCACCAAGGCGUCGUCCGUGUCGGACUCUACGGAAGAAACCAUCCAGGGGCAAGGAGACAAAAACGAGCAAGAGAAUGGAAGUGAUGCAGGGGACGCGCCAGAAGCCAGCAUGCUGAAGCAGGAUGACGCACGGCCAGACCAAACCCCUGCUGCCGGGGCGGACGACUCUGGAAUCGAGAGCGGCCCGGGGGUCGAGGGACAAGAGGUGUCCCAAGCGCCACUGACUCAGACAGGGCAGCAGCCUGACACAGAGGAGGCCCAAAGGGAGGUGGAAGAGAAGUCAACACUUGUUCAGAAAGACCAGCCUUCUGGGCAUAGUUUUAUCCCAACUUCCAAAUUCGCCAAAACCAUGAACGGCCAGGCCGCCGUGGAGCACAUGGGUCCGGCCCCACACGAGGUUACAUCUGUACCUGGAAGGAUUGAUGAGGUGGGCCCUGCCCCUGUGGACCCUGCUGCCGAGAGGACACAAGACGGAUCAGCCGCAUCACCGCCCAAAUGGAAUCUCCCAAUUUCAAAGUACUCUACCCAAGAUUCCAGCAAGAAUCUCGCCCCUUCCCCCAUCCCAGCCAUUGUGACUUCCUCGACCGAUUCGCCUGAUGGAGACAACCAGGACCUAGCCAAUGCAGCAGACACCAUGGACGCCGAGAGCGCUUCCAGCGAGAAGCGGUCCAAGAGACCGGAACCCAUCAACACAGACCUGGACCUCCCCGAGAAGCAGCCCGUACAGGACGAUGAACAACCCCCCGCCGCCGAGCCACAGUCCGCGACAGUCCAGGAGGACAAGCCAGUCAUAGUCGCUUCCCCGGUUGCCUCUCCCGUCACCGCCACUUCGCAAGGUCAGCCCAGCGAGCCACCGACACCACGCAUCAUGCGGACCGUAUCGAGCCCGAUCCAGAGCCCACAACAGCCGACCCCUGGUGCCGCACCCCCGUCUGCGAGAUCCGUCUCGCAGGGAGCCGCAUUCCACUCGAGGAUGAACCAGCAGUCCGCAUCCCACCUGGGACCCCGGCCGCCUGGCAAGCUCUCGGGUGGACUUGCGUCGCGCAUCAAGGCCUUUGAGCAGCUGGCGACAAAGCCCCCUUCUCCUGGCUUACCCGUAGUGUCUGCCAAGGAUCGGCCGUCGUCGGCGUUCUUCUCAGUCCGAAAGAACAGCAUCAGGGAUGGGGCUCAGUCCCCCGCGGCGCUUGAGCGAGCCAACUCCGUGAGGGGGAGGUCGCCAGGCAACUCGCUGGAGACGUCCCCGGAGGCUAUCAUCAAGCCGUCGCGGGAACGCUCUGGGUCGGUGGCCAGUCGGUUGUCGGUGUUCGAGGGCGGCAACGCACCAAGGGGACGGCCAGAGUCGAUAUCGGUGACUGCCAGGAUCGUCCGAGACCCCCCGACCCUCCCGAGGUCACAGGACACCAACUUUGACCCCGAGAGCCCAGUGGAGCUCAGGCAAUCACCGCUGAUAGUCGACCACCGCAGGGGCUCGAUAGCCCCCUCGACCUACGAGCCGGAACCCAUCCCGGACAACGCUCCGCCAGUACCAACGCCUCUGGUUCACGCGGGGGAACCCCAGCCACGUAAGUCGCUCCAAGAACGGCGAUUGUCCAAAGCUGGGUCCCAGCAUGCCGGUGAUGAGCCUCGGGACGGUCAUCGGCCGGGGCAGCGCACGUCCUUGACCAUGGCCAGGGACUUCCUCCGGGAAUCGAUGGUUGGCAAGGACGCAAGCACACCCCGGCCCAUGUCGAUGCACCAGCAUCACACCUCCCUCAUGGGCCGGCUGAGCAUCAGCUCGAAGCGCACGUCCUUUGGUCCCGACGCGGCGGCGUCGCCGUUGCAGCCUCUAUCACCAACCUCGACGGGUGAGUUGAGCGAAUCCGGUGAUGAUAAGAAGUCCAAGGAGGGGAACCGAGCAAGCCGCUUCAUGCGACGUCUGUCCAGCUCAUUGAGCCCGCGCAAACAGUCGACUCCAACGAUUUCACCCACCCUGGCUGAGGAAAGCGUCGCUGAUGUUGAAAAAGCUAUAUCGCCCAGGGCCAUGACAGCACCUUCGCUCCCCACCGCCGCCCCUCUCGCCGCCUCCCUGGGUGAUGUUAACGUGCAGUUCCCUGACAACCUCCUCUGGAAGCGGCGGACCCUUGCGCUGGACACGAUCGGCUACCUGCUCCUCAGCGCCGUGCAGGGCGUCACCUCGAUUCGGGAGAAGCAACUUAAGCGGUUCCACCUGAGCGAGUUCAAGCCGCCCUACACGCCCGAGAUCGAGUUCCAGGAGCUUCCCAACAGCGUGUGCCUGGAUUUCAUCGACGGGUCUAGCCUGCAGAUUGCAUUCCAGGACCGCGCCGGGCAGCUCAACGGGCUGCACACGCUCCAAGCAAACCACCGCAAGCACAUCUCUUCUUCAGCGUCAUAGGCGACAUGAGCCUCAAAAAAGAUACCCUGUCAUCCUGUUCCUGCAGACCCAUACAUCGCCUCAGCCGAGGAAUUCCCUAUGUCUAGCCAAGCGAACGACUGACUCUUGUGAUCGAAACAUUCUGACGACCCAAUAUCACCUUUUUAAUCCGCUUCGUUGACUCUGGCCUCGGUUGGGCGCCAGUUUUGAUUUAGAAAGCCAGCCUUCUUGAGGAAGUCGCCUUUUUGGAAGCGAGCGAUGCGGUGAUUUUCUAUUCCCCCAAAAACCCAUAGGGAGGUCGGCCCAUAACACGGUGUUGAAAUUCUUUGAUCCCAUACCAUACCCCAAAUAUAGUAGUCAUUCUGUCGUGGUUGUUGUUUUACUUUUUUUUUCCCUGAUGUUUUUUUGUUUUGUUGCGCUUCUCAUUUGUCUCCUGAACCUUCAAUGGUCAUUCGCCUGGAAAGAAAAAGAACUGGAUUGAAUCGUCACAUCACGGCUGAGCCCCGCGAAUUCUCCUUUUUGCUUUAUAACGGAUUUGAUACCACAACACCCAUCAUACCCAGCCUACCUCGCGGGGGCGGACUGUCCCCCCCCCCUUGCGACGGUCUUACCGAUUUGUCCAUAAAAUUUUUCUUUACUGUGUUUUGAAACCCGCCAAGCGAUGCUGAGGUGUACUUGAUUUGGAGGGUCUCUCGGGGGCCCUGGAGAGGAGUGGAAGGUGUGGCGAGGAGGAGGAGGAGGAAGACGAGGGGAACAUAAUCUAGCAUCACCAUCCACACGAGGCAUUCGCUCCGGAAGGAGGGGGGGUUUCGGCGAGGGAACGGGCGGGAGGCGGCACUGGCUCAUUUAUCUGGAUGGGGGGGUUUUUCACAUCAUCUUUUUUCCUUUUUCCACCCAGGGGAUCCAACAUUCUCUCCCUCCAAACAAACACAACCAAAACCAAAACAAUCUUGUAUAUAUAUUUUUGCAUUAAUAUUCCCCCUCGGCCCCCCCUUGGGUGGAAAUUGUGGGAUCGGAUUAUUAGCAGCAGCGCCGCCGCGGGGGUUACGGCCGAGGGCUCGGGAGUUGUGGGCUAUGGUGAUGGGAUAACGGCGCGGCACCGCACCGCACCCCCCUUUGUCCUUGAGGUGUGUGGCGGAGGUAGCGAGUAAUUGAGAGAAAGUUAACUACGUGACUGUACCUUUUGUGGUGGUGAGAGGUGGGGGAGGGGCGAGACUUGUGGCACACUCACUCACUGCCCGCCUGGUUCUCUUGUAAUGGUUGGAGUGCGUGACCUUCCUUGGACUGAGUUUUGUUCUGAGGAUUUAUAGUGAGGUUGUAAUCAUGGGGGGAUGUAGAUGCAGCUUGGAAGCAGUCGUCAUCAAUGGCGGAACUUCAACUAGCUGAAUCAAUCCAUCAACAAA